AUGUCGAAAGUAUCACUAAGACAACAAUUGCGUCGACAAAUUAGACUCAACUCAUCGACGACAUUACCAAGAGAUACAGUGACUGUAAUUCCAACGGUAUAUGAAUUGACCGAAGGGAAGGACUUCACUCCUGAAACUAGUCCCGACACAUCAUUAAUCAGCUACUUGCAAUCAAGACAUCUAAUUGAAUCAUUGACUGAUGAUAAGCUUUUAAAUAUAACCAAAAGAGACAACUAUGGAAAGUUCAAACUUUACUGUGGUGCAGAUCCAACAGCUUCGAGCUUGCAUUUGGGUAAUCUAUUACCAUUGAUGGUUCUACUACAUUUUAAAAUUAGUGGAAGUGAUGUGUAUGGUUUAGUAGGAGGUGCGACUGGCCAAGUUGGUGACCCCAGUGGAAGAUCUACAGAGAGAACUGCAUUAAAGGUUAGUGAAGUUGAGAAUAAUGUUGACAAAAUACAAAAGCAAAUCACUACAUUCUUAUCUAAUGGUAUCGAGUAUGCUAAAUCAAGACAAUUUCCAAUGAGCAAAACAAUUGGUAAAAGCAACAGUGUCAACAAUGAGACAUGGUGGAAAGAUGUUAAAAUGUUGGACUUUUUGGCAACUUAUGGACGUCAUAUUAGAGUUAGUGCAAUGUUGGCUAGAGAUUCAAUCCUGUCAAGAUUAGAAGGUGGUGGAAUCGGAUUCAACGAGUUCACUUAUCAAAUUCUACAAGCAUAUGACUUCUACCACUUGUACAAAGUGGAAGGUGUCAACAUACAAGUUGGAGGAAAUGAUCAAUGGGGGAAUAUCACCGCAGGUAUUGAUCUUAUUUCACGAUUGAAAAAACAAGAUGAAAAGACAAGGGAAGCUUUUGGAGUUACCGUUCCAUUAUUGACGACUACAUCAGGUGCCAAAUUUGGUAAAUCUGCUGGAAAUGCUGUCUUUAUCGACUCCCACUUGACCACCCCAUAUCAAUUAUACCAAUUUUUCAUCAAUGUACCAGAUGAUAUGGUCAGUAAAUUACUCAAGGUGUUUACAUUGUUACCAUUGAAUGUGAUUGAAGGUGAACUAAUUCCUAAACAUCAAAGUGAUCCAGGCUUGCGUAUUGCUCAAAGAGUAUUGGCUAGAGAAGUGGUGGAUUUGGUUCAUGGAGUUGGCGUAGGUGAUGAAAUGGCUUACAUCACAGGAUUCUUGUUCCCAACACCAGACCAGCCUUUCAAUGACCACGUUAAUGCCAAUAAAUUGAUUGAGAAUUUCAAAAGAUCUGGCAUAUUGUACAAGUAUCCCUUGAACAAAUGCGAUGACGUAAAGUUGAGCACAUUAAUUGCCAAUAUCACUGGAAAGUCGAAGAGUGAAGUGAAAAGAUUGAUCAAAUCAGGGGGGGUGUACUUGGGAUUAGAUAGAAACCAAGUGGAAGAUCCUGAGGAUGUCGUAUUAUUUGACAAAGAUCAUCAUUUGGUAGAUGGAAAGUUGAUGUUGUUGAGGAUUGGAAAACAACAUUACUAUGUUGUUGAAUUUGUAUAG